CAAGGUCAUUUAGCCGGAUGUGUUGUUAGGCUCCACAUUGUCAGUGUUUUUGUGAGUUACGCAUCGGUUACCUUACAUUUUAUUUGGCUAAAAUGGCAGAAUUAAGAAGGACGAGAGAUCUCUUCCUGCGAUCAAUGGCAGUUAUAUAUAUGUUUGCAUUUUCGUCGCUUUACGUGCAAAUACCCGGCUUAUAUGGGGAUAAUGGAAUUUUGCCUGUUCGAAAUAUACUGCAGAAAGAACCCAAUUCAUUUGAUGAUUUUCAAAAGCAGCCAACAUUAAUACGACUCCUUCCAAAGCUUGGUUUGGAUAUUCAGUCCUCAAUGGAUUUUAUUGCCCUUCUUGGCAUUUGCCUAUCCUUCUCUGUGUUUGUAUCAGGGUACAUGCGUGGAAUGUUAUCAUUUACCUGUCUCUGGGCUUUGUAUUUUUCGCUUUUUCAGGUUGGACAGACUUUCCUUUGGUUUCAGUGGGAUAUUUUGUUGCUUGAGGCAGGCUUUCUUACCAUCCUGCUAGCUCCAGCGAUCCCAUGGAAAAAUGAAACUCUGAGCCCCCAUGACCAUGUCAUAUUUUGGUUGUUAAAGUGGUUACUGUUCAGAUUGAUGUUUGCAUCAGGAGUGGUCAAGCUGACAAGUGAAUGCCCAACAUGGUGGGGACUAACUGCUUUGAAUUGGCAUUAUGAAAGUCAGUGUCUGCCAACCCCCAUGGCUUGGUAUUUCCACCAGCUGCCUGAAUGGUUCCAGAAACUGUCAGUGGCUAUGACUUACAUCAUUGAGAUUCCUGUACCCUGGUUUUUCUUUUUACCAAUUAGAGGCCUGCGUAUAUUUGCUUUUUAUAACCAGGUUUUCUUCCAAAUACUUAUUAUCAUCACUGGAAACUACAACUUCUUUAACAUGCUGACCAUUGUUCUGUGUAUGAGCCUGUUAGAUGACCAGUACCUGACUGGCAGAAAACCUAAAUAUGUACCAAUAAAAAUUCCACUGGUUGGCCUUGUUUGGAAAGUGGCAAAAAUAGUCACAGCUGCUGGUUCACUUUCUGCGCUUUUGUACUACUCCAUUACCUUGUUUAACUUGAAGAUACGUCCAGAUUGGACUGUUGACUCAAAGAUAGAAUUUACUUUAUCGGAUUUAAAUGAAUUUCUGAAGAAGUCUGUACCUCUGUCUAUUGCUGUUGGUAUUAUGUCUCUUGGUUUUGAGACACUGAAGGCUGUUCUAAGUUCGUUAAAAAGACCAGGAUUGAAGAAGAUAGUGUCCUUGGUUGGCUGUGUAGUAUUUGGUAUAGCAGCAGUUGGGAUGUUUGCUGUAAGCCUGGUUCCACAUACAGUGAUUGAGAAAGAAACCAGAGGGAAGAUCCCUCCUGGUAUUAAGGCCAUACACUCAAAAGCCAUGGUCUACAGGCUGUCAAGUUCAUAUGGCCUAUUCAGAAGGAUGACGGGAGUGGGUGGACGCCCAGAAGUGAUAAUAGAGGGCAGUAACAGCAUGGAUUAUGGAUGGAAAGAAUAUGAAUUUUAUUACAAACCUGGCAAUGUUUCACGCAGACUACCAAUAGUUGCUCCUCACCAGCCACGUUUAGACUGGCAAAUGUGGUUUGCUGCUCUAGGAACCUACCAGCAGAACCCAUGGCUGGUGAACCUGGCAUACAGACUCCUAACUGGUCAGCCAGAAGUGCUGGAACUAAUCCAAUACAAUCCUUUCCCUGAUCACCCACCUAAGUAUAUCAGAGCUAAUUUAUUCCAUUAUCACUACACCAGCUGGGACAAAAAGAAAAAAAGAUAUUCUACUAAAAACUGGUGGUGGAGACAAAAGAAAAAUGACUACCUCCCAAUUUUGUCUAGUGACGAGGACUCAUUGGUGCAAUAUAUGAGGCAGCAGAACAUUAUAUAUAAACCUGAGAAGAAACCCCCAGCAAACAUGUUCAGGACAUUUGUGGAAUAUAUUCGAAAUAUGAUUGGCCAGAUGGAAGGUUUCACCUUUGUUGUCUCAAUAUUUACUGCAGCAGUAGCUGUUACCUUUUUAGGAAUAUUUUCACCAUAACAUUGUCAAAAUACUUCUCCUUGUAGAAGUUCUGAAGGCAUCCAAAGUUAAAUAAAAACAAUUUAUACAUACUUUUUGCUUACAAAUGAUUUUGUUAGCAAGUAUAUAAAAUGGUGCUGGUAAUGUAGACGUAAUGUAGACACAGCUGCAGUAACUCUGUGUUCACCUGUCAUUUGAUGCUCCUAUUGGAGAAUAUACUGCACUAGUAGCCUUGCCAGUAUCAAAUCUAGGAUGAAUUAUGCUUAUUCUGCUUCAAAAUUUUCAAGUUUUGAUAUAUAAAAUAAAAUUGGAAUGGACAAAUAUUGAUGAAAAGUCUAAAAAUCAAUUAAGGCUGUUGCAUCAUGUUAUUGGUCACAUUCAAGUAAUUUAUUUGUACUUGCUCAAAAGAAAGAAAAUUAACUUUAUUUAAGUUUGUUAUGCAUGAGUAUAAGUUUUUCUCUCAUUUAGAUAUUGUAGUACUGUAUGAAAUAUUUAAAAUGAAGUACAAUUUGAUGAGAUCUUUUAUGCAUUUUGUUAUAAGUACCAAGAAACUCUUCACUGGUCUUGUGUACUUUAAAAAUUUAAUGAUUCAAUGAUAGUGGUAAUAGCAGUGUACGUAGAUGCUGCCAUCCAGUUUCAAAAGGAUUUUAAUUAUAAUAACAAUACACAAGACAUUGUGUAAUCUUGCUGAAAAUGAUCUGAUAAUAUUCUGCUUCUAGAAACUUGAAGGGAUAAUGUAGGGGGUUUCAACGUAAAGAAAGUGGUAAAUUAUUAAUUUUCUAAAUUUAAUCUAUUUCAUUGAUAGAAAUUAGCAAAGUUGCUGGUGCCAUUUUGAUAUAUAUAUAUCCUGUUGCUUAUUGGCUUCUCUCCAUUACGUUCCUUAUCCAAGAGAUUAUAUUUAUUUUUUUCAGUUCGGACUUAAAGCUGAAUGAACAGUAAUGUGCAUGUACACUUUUAUUUGUGCAAAAAUGUUGUGUGGUGUUAUUGGAAAUUAUAUAUAUUUACAUAUAUUGUCUGAAAACAAAUUGUUGUUAUAAAUUGUUGUUAAGUGCCUAUUUUCAAGAAUGAUGUUUUCACCAAUAUGUACUAGUACAUUUAGUAGUCAAGUUACAUUUUGGUAUUUAUAUAAUCAAAAUGGUCAUAUGUAAAACACUUUCAUAUCCAUUUUUUUCAAAGAUCUUGAAUUUUAUGUUUUACUGGUACUUUGAUAUCCGUAUAUGUGUGUAUCAGCUUUUUUGACUGGGUGCCCAAUAAAACAUU